CCUGCGCGCGAACUCUUCCCGUCUCCUCCGCGCGAUCAAGAGCGAGAGCGUGCGGAAGUUGGAUCGACGACAUGUCGGCCGGUGGAAGCGGCAUCCGGCACGACGCCGACGUCGACCUCUACGGCGUCCUCGGUCUCAAGAAGGAGUGCUCCGACGCCGACCUCAGAAUCGCCUACCGGAGGCUCGCCAUGACAUGGCAUCCGGACAGGUGCUCUGCGUCCGGCAGCUCGGCGAGCGUGGAGGAGGCCAAGGAGCGGUUCCAGGAGAUCCAAGGCGCCUACUCCGUGCUCUCCGACUCCGGCAAGCGGCUCCUCUACGACGUCGGCGUGAACGACAGCGACGGCAAUGACGACGACUACGACAACCACCACGAGCAAGAUGUGUCGGGGAUGGACGACUUCUUCGGCGAGAUGGCCGAAAUGAUGAACCAGACCACGCCAACCGAGAGCUUCGAGGAGCUGCAGCAGCUGUUCGUGGACAUGUUCCAGGCCGACCUCGUCGGCGUGUUCGGGUUCGGCGGGCCGCCUCCUAUGGUCCACCGGGCCCAGGCCCAGAGCCCACCAUGUACCUCAGGAUCUUCCUCACCGUCAUGUAACGGUGUCAACAAGCGGUCUUCUCCGGCGAUAGGCUCCAGGACGCCGCCGAGACCUGGCCGUUCGGGCUCGGCUUCGGGUCUGUCGGGUUCAUCUUCCAAGGGAAGUGAUUUGAGGCGACAUGAGGACGCGCCAUGGAUGCGUGAGGACACCAGCGCCGGCGGCAUGAAUAAGAAGCAGAGGAUGUCGACGAGGCAGAGCCACGGCGUGUCAUCGUCGGAGGGGCCCGGAUGA